AUGGAUCUUAACGAACAUAAACCAAAGGCCAUCGACCUAUCGCACCACCUCUCGAAUGUCUCCAAAGCCAGGAAGACGUCCCCCUUGAAAGGACUGCAGCGAUAUCUGGGCAGGGAGGGAAUGGUGCAAAUGGCUGGCGGCCUACCCAGUCCUGCGUAUUUCCCCUUCUCAGAGCUGAGCGCUGAGGGUCUUGUCCCCGACAGCUUUCCCUUAUCGUCCACAACCUCUUCGUCGUCCGCCUUCUCUUGGUUAUUCAGAUUAUUCCAAAGCUCGGAAACAAAAGAGAAGACUACUCAUCUGACCAUACCCAAGUAUCCUGUCAACCCAAAUGAUUUAAAUCUUGCUGUCUCUUUACAGUAUGGGUUGGCGAAAGGUCUUCCACAGUUGCAGAAGAUCUUGGACGAAUUCGUUCUCAAAGUAUACAAGCCGGCCUAUGUAGACAGUGUGACAUUGAUACAUGCUGGCAACACUGAUGGGUGGUACAAAUGUGUACAGACAUUUUGCAACCCGGGUGAUGGGGUCCUGGUGUCGGAAUGGACAUACCCAUCUGCCAUCGCAUCAAUGGCUCCGUACAACGUCAAGCCUGUCGCUGUGCCGAUGGAUGGACAAGGUAUGAGUAGCGUAGGGCUUCGGAAAGUUUUGUCUGAGUGGGACGAGAGUGCAAUUGGCAUGCCUAGGCCUGGUUUGAUGUACAUUGUUCCAGUCGGCCAAAACCCAACAGGUACUACCAUGUGUGUUGAACGCAAACGGGAGAUCUACGAUAUUUGUGUCGAAUUCGACGUCCUCAUUGCGGAGGAUGAUCCCUAUUACUUCCUUCAGGAGGGCCCCUAUGUCCACAAGACCGAACGUUCUGCCAGCGUUCAAUUCAACAGCGACGAAGAAUAUCUUUCACACUUGGCUCCCAGUUUCCUGAGCAUUGACUAUCAAGGGAGGGUGAUACGCCUCGACUCAUUUUCUAAGACCGUUUCCCCUGGAUGUCGCCUGGGUUGGUUUACUUGUAAUCCGAUCUUCGCUGAGCGACUCGAACGGCAGGGAGAAACGAGCACGCAAGCGCCUUGCGGAUUUGGGCAGUCCUUGGUGACGGCGCUCCUGUUGAACUGGGGAUACGAUGGGUACGUUCGAUGGCUCAGAGCGCUUGGAUCGCAAUAUCAACUGCGACGUAAUUUCAUUUUGGAUUGCUUGGGAGACGAGUUUCACUUGAAGCUCGAUUACGAGACAUCCGGGGUCUGGAGUGGUUGUGAUAUCUUUAGGGCCUAUGACAAGGCUCCUGGUGAUGCCACCUUCAAUGAGAAACAUGCUGUGUUUAAGCCAAUGUUCUCACUAGUGCCUCCCACUUCUGGCAUGUUCAUUUGGUUGCAACUCCAUUUAGAUAACCACCCUUCGUUCGAUGGUGACGAGGAAACCCUUGAAAUGCAACUUUGGGUAGACCUCGCUGAAGCGGGAGUUCUGUUCGCGCCUGGCUGGAUGUUCUCAGCCAAGGAGUCGAAUACCGAUGCACCUGGGAACGGCCAUUUUAGGAUGAGUUUUAGUAACGCGGAGUUUGAGGAUAUGAAGAAGGCGAUCGCGACUUUCGGCGAGGUAAUUCGCAAGUUCUUCGAGAAACAUUAG